CAUGACAAACAUCCUAUUAUGAGCAACAGUUCUUCCAUGAGAAGCACUAUUCCAGACUCCGAUGCCCAUAUCCAUCGGUCGGAGUCCUUCGGUAUGCCAGACAUGGGAGUAACAAAGAACGAUCCUGCAGAGACCAAGUUUGAGUGGUUGCGGUCACAGUUGGUUGGACAUGAUGUCGAUUUCGAUACUCCCUUCGGACGCCGCCUUCUCACCUACGCAGACCACACCGCCUCCGGUAGAAGCCUUCAGUUCAUUGAAGAAUUUAUCGCCAAUAAUGUUCUUCCUUUCUAUGGGAACACACAUACAAGUGACAGCUUCGUGGGUCACAAGACCACUAAGCUGGUGAAGGAGGCCACCAGAUACAUUAAGAAUUGCUUAGGUGCUGGACCAGAUGAUGCACUUAUAUUCUGCGGCUCUGGCACCACUGCUGCCAUCAAGCGCCUUCAAGAGGUGAUGGGAAUUGCAGUGCCUUCAACCAUGAGAGAUAGGAUAUUAACGAGCUUACAGAGCGAGGAAAGAUGGGUGGUCUUUGUUGGGCCUUAUGAACACCACUCUAACCUCCUCUCAUGGCGUAAUAGCUUAGCUGAGGUGAUAGAGAUCGGUCUUGACAAUGAUGGAUUGAUAGACAUGAGAGGUCUAAGUCGGCAACUCGAGUCUUACAAAGAUUCCAAACGUCCUAUGUUGGGUUCAUUCUCAGCUUGUAGCAAUGUUACUGGAACUUACUCUGAUACAAGGGCCAUCGCCAGGCUUCUUCACCAACAUGGAGCUUUUGCUUGCUUUGAUUACGCAGCAAGUGGUCCUUAUGCGGAGAUUGACAUGAGAUCUGGGGAGAUAGAAGGGUUUGAUGCUAUAUUCAUGAGCCCACACAAGUUUGUUGGUGGACCUGGAACCCCUGGCCUCCUUUUGAUGCACAAGGCCUUGUACAAGUUGAGAUCUUCUGCUCCUUCUACUUGUGGAGGUGGAACUGUUGACUUUGUCAAUGGUUUCAGUGAACAGCACACUUUGUAUUAUGAAGAUGUGGAAGAAAGGGAAGAUGCUGGAACUCCACCAAUUGUCCAGAAGAUAAGGGCAGCCCUUGCUUUCUGGGUGAAGGAUUUCAUUGGAUACAAUGUGAUUGAAAACCAGGAGCAUGUCUACAUAAAUGCAGCUCUGAAAAGGCUCCUUCCCAACCCAAACAUAAUGGUGUUAGGGAAUACAAGUGCACCCAGACAAGCUAUACUCUCUUUUGUGAUUUACUCUACUACCAAUUCUUCCUCUUAUGACAUGAAAACUGAAAAUGGAAGAGGUAUCAGAGGUCUUAAUAUGUGGGCAGAGUCAGGAAACAAGAGAGAUAAACCUCUCCAUGGACCUUUUGUGGCAAAGCUCCUCAAUGAUCUGUUUGGCAUUCAAGCUCGAGCUGGGUGUGCUUGUGCUGGACCCUAUGGUCACCAUCUACUUGGCGUCGAUGAGAAUCGUUCCCUGGCUUUUCGAUCUGCUAUCCAAAAGGGCUACACUGGUGUAAAACCUGGGUGGACUAGACUUAGCUUCCCUUACUACGUGUCAAGAGAAGAGUUCGAGUUCAUUCUAGCUGCAUUGGAGUUCAUUGCAGCAUAUGGUCAACGGUUCCUUCCACUAUACAGCUUCAAUUGGAAGACUGGUAACUGGACCUUUCAAUCCAAAGCUUUCAUGGAGAACAUAAUGGGGGAGGAUUACACAGUGGAUUUAAGAGAUUUGUCACUAAUAAGUGAAGCUAAGCCUGGGAUGAAGAUUAAUAACAAUGGAACAAGGCAUGACGGAGAUGAUCAUAGUGAUGAUAAGAAGGUCAAUGAACUACUUAUUAAGAAAUAUGCCUACUACUUGGAGACUGCUAAGUAUGUGGCAAGUUUCCUUCCAAAGUUCCCUCCCCAGAGAAGGGUUCCAAAAGAUAUAGAUCUCAGCCUUGCGCAUUUCAGGGUAUAGAGUUAGCUCUCUUUCCCAUCCUUGCGCAUACCAAAGUAUAGUUUUAUUGUGAUCAGGGUACUAUGUGUUAAGAAUCCUUAACACUACAGACAUAAAA